AUGAACCAACUCCAUUAAUUUGAGUAUGAAAAAUCAAUUUUUAAAAUGACCUGCAUAAGAAAACACCUUUUAAAAGAUAUCACCUACUUUUUGUUCUUAUUUAAAGACUAUCUAAUUUUAAGUUAAGUAAAAGAUAAAUUUAUUUUUAAAAGGAACAAAAUUCAUAAUAACCGAAAUAUAUUUUUAAGAUUAAUCUUGAUACAAAAGUGUAUUGGCAAAUGGAGAAAUAAAUUUAUCACCAAAUAGGAUUGGAAUACAAAGGAGAGGUGAAAUAUUUUAAUGGUGAUUGCGAAGGUUUAAAGUAGCUAAAAAUGUUGUUAAGAAAUAAAGUGAUGUAUCGCAACGUGAGUGACUUCUACAUACCAGUCAAAUAAUUAGGAAGAGGAGGUUCUUCAAGAGUAAUUGCUAUUUUAAGUUAUAGGUAUAUUUAGUCACAGACAAAUGGAAUAAUUAACAAUACGCUUCAAAAAACGUGGAAAAAAGAUAUUUGAAGGAGGAUGGAGGAUUUGUAAAUAUAUAAAUGAGUUUAGGAAGCAUUAUUUAAUGAAAUAAAUUUGAUGGCAGCAUUAAGCCAUGAAAAUAUCGUGAAAUUGGAAGAUGUUUAUGAAGGAGAGAACACAUUUUACAUUAUUUUGGAAUACUUAAAAGGUGCAUCACUUCAUGAUAUGAUCACUAAAGGAAUUUUAUAAUUAGGAUGGGAUGAGAUAAAAUCCAUAAUGAGGGUAAUACUUCCAUAUAAUUCAAGUCCUUAUUAACUGCAGUAGUACAUAUGCAUUCCUAAAAUAUUAUGCAUCGAGAUUUGAAGCCUGAAAAUAUCAUGUUUAAGAAUUUAAAUGAUAUAAGAGGAUUAAGAAUUGUAGAUUUUGGAUUGGCAACAAGUACAACAGUAGCCAGUUAUCCAUUUCCUAAAUGUGGUACUCCAGGAUAUGUGGCACCUGAAAUAGCAAAUUUGAAAGACCUUUCGAAUAAAUAUGAUAAAAUUUGUGACAUUUUUAGUGCAGGUUGCAUUUUUUAUAAAUUGUAAAUAUUCUAAUAAUUCAAUUAGAAUCACUUCCAAAGAUUUGUUUCCUGGCAAAGACUAUCACGAAGUCUUAAAAUUAAAUAAAAAGUGCUUGAUAAAUUUAGAUACGUUAAGCAUCUACUAAACACCUUAAUCAGCAAUAGAUUUAAUCUUUUAAAUGCUCUAAAUUGAUCCAAAAAAUAGAAUUACUGCACAAUAAGCAUUGGAACAUCCAUUUUUUACAGAACUAUACUAAGAUAGAAAAAUAAAAUUCUAGUCAUAAAAAAAGACCUUAAGCAAUAACUCAAAGCCUUGGCAAACGUUAACAUUUAAGCAGUAAAACUCGGAUCGAUUAUAAUUACCUUAAAUAAAUCAAGAUUCAAAGAAUUAAGAUGAAGACGAUGUUGGCAUUGAAGAUGAAAAAGCCACCAUCUAAAUACUGCCCAUAAAUAGUCCUAGGUUUGUUCAAUAAGCAAAAAUUAAAAAUCUAGCUCUAGCUGAAGGCUCUCCUAAGGAAAUGCCUAAAAAAAGUGCCUUAAAGAAGUUCUCUACUUAAGAGUUCGAGCAUCUAACUCCUGAUACUCAAUCGCCUGAUUCUGGGGGCAUGAAUUUCUGCAACAGUCCCAAAGUCAUCCAAGAUGCUGUUAUAAAGAAAAAUUUUACUUUUUCUAAAUAUAAUUAAUAAUAACAAGCAAUCGAUGAAGUAGAUGAUGAAUAAAAAUUAUGA